UUUUUUUUUUUCAAAAUAGAAUCUGCAGGACAACGCCUCUCUCUCUCUCUCUCACGAAGAUCUCGUAUCUCUCUCUGUCUUCCAUCUCCUCUCCGAUCUCCUCCAUGAAUUCGUAGCGGAGCAGCCAACUGACGAGCAGAUCUCCUUGUUCAAUGCCGCCUUCGCCUGUUCGCUUUCAAAUGGAGACGAGUGUGAGACAGAUAGUUUGGUGAAAUUUCCUGUUCCUGUGAGAUAAUAAAGCACUAAUAAGAAGAGUGGGAAUUCUUUUGCCAUGAUUCUAAGUUCUCUACUCCUUUGUUUUAUUGCUGCUCAAGAAUUUGCAUGUGGGUUUUUAGCCUAAGGUUUUGGCCACCGAUAUCUCUUGCUAAAGAAUCUAGUGGAUGGGAACACAAUGGCAGCAGAAAGAGAUGGGGGCAGUGACAACCAGCAUUACCAGAUACAAAGCCUUUCUAGGCAAGGAUCACUUUACAAUUUGACUCUCAAUGAAGUCCAGAACCACAUAGGAGAGCCUCUUCUUAGCAUGAACCUAGAUGACCUCCUCAAGACUGUGUUUGCGAGCGAGGUUAAUCAGUUAUCUGGUGCUGAGGUUGAUAUGCCAGCUGAUCAGCAUGCACCCACUUCUGGUCUCCUUCGUCAGGGUAGCAUUACCAUGCCAUGCGAGUUAAGUAAAAAGACAGUAGAUGAAGUGUGGAGGGACAUUCAGCAGGAGCAGAAGAAUGUUGAGGUACAGAGAUUAGGUAGUGAGAAGCAGCCUACUCUUGGUGAAAUGACGCUAGAGGUUUUUCUAGUAAAGGCUGGUGUGGUUGCGGACAUCCUUGAUAAAGAUGGACAGGAAUUGAUGGGGGAUGUAGAUCCAUUGGGAAAUAUUGAUCCAUUGCCGGACACACAGAAUUUUACACGAGGAACAGGUUGGUUGCAGCAAUUUCAACCGAUGGCUAGUAUGGACAAGCACAUGCAUGGGCAACAAAGCAUGAUGGGCACUCAUGUAUCAAAUCGAUUACUUCCUCAUCCAAGUAAUACUGGAACUAUGCUUGAGGCAAUGUUUUCUGAAGGUCAGAUAAACAUAUCAUCAUCAACACUAGGUGUUUUUCCUGAUUCUCAAACACCAGGUAGGAAACGUGGUGCUUCAGAAGAAAUCGUGGACAAAUUAGCCGAGAGGAGACAGAAAAGGAUGAUAAAAAAUCGGGAGUCUGCUGCACGUUCAAGAGCAAGGAAACAGGCAUACACUAAUGAGCUGGAGAACAAGGUUUCUGGCCUAGAAGAAGAGAAUGAGAGGUUAAAAAAACUAAAGGAGCUGGACGAGUUUGUGUUCUCCCUUCCUCGGGAACCGAGGUAUCAACUUCGUCGAACUAGCUCUGCUCCGCUUUAACUUAAUUGUAAAUCAGAUACUUAUGCAGACGUUGUAGUUCUGAAGAGGCAACGCCUAGGUAUUGCUCUAUCUUGCCUUCUCAGAGUUAGGUUCUGUUCCCUUGUAAAUCUGCUUGCUUUACAAGUUAAUGUGUAAAUUUCACAACCUAGGUAUCUUUUUCUUCCUUCAUGUCCAUAGUCCUAUAGUAACUUUGUUAUGUAAAAUGUGAGGUUUUGUAGCACAACUCUUGUACUCUAGAUAUUUGUCUGUGGAGUUGUUGUGAACAAUUGUUGCUCUCUGAAGUCGUUACCUUAGCAGGCCUCUA